AUGAAGAGUUUGGCAAAGCAGUUGCAGAAAUUGGGUCAGAAAACCCAAAUCAGAAAGUCUUCUGUUUGGUUAAGAUGUGGAAGAAAAUCCAUGGAGUCCUCAAGUGCUCCUCGUGGAUGUUUGCCCAUCUAUGUGGGCAAUGAGGGGUAUCGUUUUAUUGUGGAUAUACAUUUUUUGAGUCACCCACUGUUUGAGGAGCUCUUACAGUUGUCUGCAGAGGAGUUGGGAUAUUCACAUAAGGGUGGUCUAAAAGUGGCUUGUAGCAUUCGCUUGUUUGAACAUCUACUCAGGCUUAUCAACACUAGAAAUCCUGCUGCCCAUUAUCUGCAAAUAAGCGAUCUAUUACAACAGUUCUCUUGCUGA